UCCCCCGCCUUCUUCCUCCUCUCGGCUCUUUCGUUUCUUCACUGAACCUGUAAAGCAGAAACGCAGGUUCCUUCCGUCGUUUUCUUCUUCUUCCUCCUCAGUUCUUCCUGUGAACCCAGUCCUCCUCCCGCUCCGGUUCUUCUUCUUCUUCUUCAGCUACUGUUUGAGGGGUUUCAUAUCACCAUCUGCUAGAUUGGAAAAACGUAGGAAUUCGAACUUGGAUGCAUAAGCCCCGGCCACACUUUUAGUUGCUUGAUUAAAGACUGCCCUUUUAGUUGUUAUGAUGCUAAUUUUUUUUUAAUUUGUAAUAAAUUUGUUUAUACGUACGAAUGUGAAUUUAUAUUUAAAAUAUUCAGACCGGGAUUAAGGAUGUUGCCUGUCGAUCCGACAAAGAAGCUGUCUUUUACUCGCUCCAUUAAUGAUGGAGAUUUGGUCAUUGUCUAUGAGAAGUAUGAUACGAUGAAAGCUGUCAAAGUGUGUGCCGGUUCUGUUCUCGAAAACCGGUUCGGUUUGUUUAAGCAUUCGGACUGGAUAGGGAAGCAGUUUGGUUCCAAGGUUUUCAGCAGCAAGGGCGGAUUUGUUUACCUGUUGGCUCCGACACCCGAGCUUUGGACUUUGGUUUUAAGCCACAGGACUCAGAUUCUGUACAUUGCGGACAUUAGCUUUGUGAUCAUGUUCUUGGAGUUGGUUCCGGGAUGUUUGGUUCUCGAGUCGGGGACUGGGAGUGGAUCUUUGACUACUUCACUUGCAAGGGCUGUUGCUCCUAGAGGACAUGUCUAUACGUUUGAUUUCCAUGAACAACGCGCGGUCUCUGCUAGGAUGUUUAACUCUUAUAGGGAGGAUUUUGAGAAGACGGGAUUAAGCAACGUGAUCACUGUAGGAGUUAGAGAUAUUCAGGGUGAAGGGUUUCCGGAUGAUUUUUCUGGAAGGGCAGAUUCUGUCUUCCUGGACCUACCCCAACCCUGGCUGGCCAUCCCUUCAGCUGCGAAAAUGUUGAAGCAAGAUGGGGUAUUAUGCUCCUUCUCCCCGUGUAUUGAGCAGGUGCAACGAGCAUCAGAGACUAUGAGGUCAAGCUUUACGGAUAUAAGGACGUUUGAGAUUCUCCUUCGCACAUAUGAAGUUCGAGAAUGGAAAUUGGAUGACUUCCAGGGAGAUGAAGCUGGUUCCGUUGGAUCUCAUCCACGUAAAAGGCGGCAGCGAUCAAGUGAAGGAAGCAAUGCGCAGGAAACUACAGGAUCUCCCACGGUCAUGGCCAGGCCGUGCAGUGAGACCAGAGGCCACACCGGCUAUUUGACAUUUGCAAGACUCAAAUGCCUCUCAUAAAGUAUGCAAUUGUAAUCUAGUUAUAGACACACAGCCUGGUUCCAAAUAGUUGGGAUGAGGUUUCGUUUUUGCUGUUUCUGCAACGUGAAUUAUUCCGCUGAUUCGGAAAUUUAGAAAAAAUUUAAUGGAGAAAUGCAUUGUCCAUUUUUUGCGUUC